AUGUCUUCCAACAGCUUCUUCCAGUCGCCGACAGUUGUCCUGCCGCCGGCACAGGACCAAUACUUCAUCAGCAGCCACUACGUUGACCAGAGCGGCCCAAAUCGACCGACAAUCAACGGCAUCUCACCCAAUGGUCUCUCCAAUGCCAACCCGUUCACGCCAUCCGUCUCCACCAUUGGCUCCACCAAAGGCUCUAUCGCUGGACGCAAGCGCUCCAGAGGCGACGUCUUCUCUCCCGAAGACGAAGAAGACGAACGUCUCGAGGAUGGAUCCGUCGCUACCCCGACCACAGAGGAACUACGUAAGCCACGCGGAAAGCCUGUCUAUGGUCCCGGCAUGACUUUGAUCUACCCAGAGGAUCCAGGUUACGAACUGGCUGCUGCGUCACAGUCCGGUACCUGGGUCGAAGAACAAGCUGAGCGUCGACCAUUCAAUCUAGCUCACAUGAAGCGGCCAUCCGUCACCAGCCGCAAGUCGCAACGCAUGGACUCUACUGCAUCUGGACCCGACGAUCUCGCACAACUCGUUCUCCCACCAUCGAUGCGUGAAGCUUGCAGCGAGCCUUUGAUCGACGAAGCGACCCGCAACUUAGGCAUCAGCUGGACUCGCAUGGACGGUACGGAAGCGCUUCAGAUCAGCCAGAAAGCAUACUCGAAAUGGAUUCAAAACCACUACCCUGCGCUGAAAGAAGUCUCCAUCUGGUUUGAGAACAGCGCCAUCCCAGGAUACCUCGUCGUCGCAACCAACGCCUACAAUGGUCAGAAGGAGUGGUACAUCUUCUCCCAUGACCUGACCGAAGCCCGCCUCGUCACGAACGAGCCGAGCUCCCUCGUCCCACGCCUGCAGAUGCUCCCGGCACUCCAUCUCGCAGCUCCCGGCGGCCACCUCCGAGCGGAGACGGAUCCCAUCACGGCCGCUCAGACUGAGUUGGACGCCGCGCAGACCGAUAUGAUGAAUGGAACUGCGCCAGAACUCCAGCCUAGCGGCGGUUGUGCCGCCCACUCGAUGGAGUUGGACUGA